ACAACUACUUCAUCGAACUUAUAAGCAGAAGUAUGAUCUUACCAUCUCAACAAUCAUUUCAUAGCACAAAAGGUAUUGAUUCCUGCCAAGUCCAUGAUCUUAUCCGUGAAAUUGGUAUCUCAAAGUCCAGGGAAGAAAAUCUUGUUUUUACACUCGAGGAAGGUUGUCGCUCACAUAGCCAGACCAUGGUGCGCCACCUGACUAUAGGCAGCAACUGGAAUGGAGAUAAGAGCGAGUUUGAGAGCAUGGUGGACAUGUCCCGUCUGCGGUCAGUUACAUGUUUUGGAGAGUGGAAGUCAUUUUUCGUUUCUGAAAAGAUGAGGUUGCUACGAGUGCUGGACCUGGAAGACACAACAGGUGUAUAUAGUCAUCACCUUAAACAUAUUGGGAUGCUUCUUCACCUAAGAUAUCUUUCUCUAAGAGGAUGUGGUGAUGUUUUUCACUUGCCAGAUUCUUUGGGUAACCUGAGACAGCUCGAGACACUAGACAUCAGGUGUACUAAUAUACUGAUGCUGCCAAAAACCAUCAUCAAGCUUCAGAAGCUACAACAUCUUCGUGCUGGUAACGCCCCAAGGAAUGAGGUUGCCUCCUAUGAGGAUCAAUUGCCAGAAUUUCCACGGAUAAUGAGGAACAGGCUAUGUGUUCUGUCUGCCUGUUUGGUGCUUUCUUGUUUCGUUUUAUGUGCACGUGGUAAAAACCGCCAUGAUGGAUGCACUAUGAUUUGAUGCGCUGGAAUCCCUGCUGUUGUGAUGCGUCUGGACCUAUAUGGUGUGCUAGUGCCAAGAGGGCUGAUUAAUCUGAAAGCCCUGCACACACUGGCUGUUGUGAACAUCGGACGACGAGGAAAGGUGGUUCUACGGGACAUAGAAAGGCUCACCCAAUUGCGCAAGUUGGGAGUGACAGGCAUCAAUAAGGAAAAUGGCCAAGAGUUGUGCUCAGCAAUUGUUGGUCUCAGCCUCCUGGAGUCAUUGUCAAUCCGGUCAGAGGGGGAUCCAGGUUUAUGUGGCUUCUUGGAUGGAGAUUUCUCAUUUCCGGAGAAACUGCAGAGCCUCAAGCUGUUUGGCAACCUGGUGAAAUUGCCAGAAUGGAUCGAGGGGCUCAAGAACCUGGUGAAGCUGAAGCUGCGGAGCACCAUGUUAUCAGAGGUCAACGAGGCAAUGAAAGUCCUUGGAAAGCUUUCGAACCUGAGCUCCUUGCAUCUAUUGAGGGGGUCAAUCCUUGAGGAUAAAGUGUUCUGUUUCCGUCAGGGAGCAUUCCCAAGCCUGGUGUUUUUGAAACUUAGUGGCUAUAUAUCUGUGAAGUUUGAACAAGAAGCAAUCCCUACUCUUGAGAUGCUGAAGUUGUUUUGCAUGGAAGUCAACAGUAAUUCCCUUUCGGGGCUACCAACUCCGACAAGCCUCAAGGAAGUUGUGCUCAAAGGUGAAUACAGUGACACAGAACUGUCAUACCUGAGGACCGAGCUUGCCAAGAAUCCAAACCGACCCGUCAUGAAGAGGGUCUGAUCUCGAUCCAGAGUCAGUCUGUUUAUUCCAAGGCCAAGCUGGGAGUUCUGCUGUAGCAUUUCCCCUUUUUCAGUUUCCAUUUUGCUUGUGGUAUCAAUUAAUUGAUAGAUUUCCAUUCGUGACGGGCACUUGUUUGCAAGUUCCUGAUAACUAGGAGGACACCAGUGUAUCUGAAUCACUCCAGCAUGUACUACUGUUUACUGUUUUAAUGUUUAUUAUCUAGGAGUAUC